CGUGGAUAUUCUAAAGUUUGACAGCUCAACACCGCCGUUCAAUUUGUAUAUGCCAUCAGAUGCACCAACGUGAUUUUAUUUAACAAAUUUAUAUUGAUUAGUUUAAACUAAAAGAAUAAACUAAGUCAUAGUCAAUAGUAUAAUGUGUUGAGUGGAUGUGAGCAUAAAAACCUUUUAAUUAAUUGACUGCCUUAAGACAGAAUAAGAGCAUUUAAUAGCCGCAUGAAAAACCUAUGAGACACAAGUCCAGAAGAAAUCAAGCAAAACAUGGAUAAGCCGCAGAUGAUUGAACACAUCCAACAGAAUGUCGACUAUACGAUUUACGAUGUGAAGUGGAUACCAUGUUCCGCGAAAUUCGUAGUGCUUGGUUCAAAACCCAACAGCAAUGGCAUAUUAGAAAUUUAUGAGCUGAAUGAAUCCAAGGCCGAAAGAAUUAAACAGAUCGUCAAGAAAUCGGCAUUUAAGUGUGGCACUUUUGGUGCUUCCAGCCUUAGAAACCGGCAUAUGGCUAUAGGUGAUUUCGAGGGACGCAUGCAAGUACUCGAUUUGGAGCGUCCUGAAUUACCGGUAUAUAACGUGGAAGCGCAUAAAAGUAUAAUAAACACUAUAGAUGCAAUUGGCGGUAAACAAGUGGAUUGUGGUGCACCAGAAAUAGCCACUGGCAGUCGUGAUGGCGCCGUCAAAAUAUGGGACAUACGUCAAGGCUCACAACCAGUGAUCGAAAUCAGCCCAGAUGCGGUAAAAGGAGAUGGCAUUAAUCGUACCGAACGGCGCGACUGUUGGGCUGUUGCUUUUGGUGAUAGUUAUAAUAAUAAUGAACGCUGCGUUGCAGCUGGCUACGACAAUGGUGAUCUAAAAUUGUUCGACUUGCGUCAGAUGGGUGUACGCUGGCAGACGACGCUUAAAAAUGGGAUUUGUGGCAUUGAAUUCGAUCGUGCCGAUAUACCAAUGAAUAAAAUGGGUGUCACCACUUUAGAGGGUGGUCUACUUGUAUUCGAUAUGCGCACGCAGCAUCCAACAAAGGGAUUCAGUUGUGUGGAGGAAUGUAAUGCAGGACGCAGCUUAGGUUCAAAUGGUGUCAUAACAGGUCCUAAAGCGACGGUGUGGGCUAUACGCCACAUGCCACAGAAUAGGGAUGUAUUUGUUUCGUGUGGUGGCACUGGCUCGAUACGUCUAUGGCAAUAUGAAUAUCCAGAAAAGCGGGUCAAGACCGACGUGGACAACAAUGAAAUCGGAGUUGCUGGUUCACUGCAGAUGCUGCACGCCUCAACCGUGUCGUCGCAACCUGUGCAAAGCUUUGAUUGGCAUCCGGACAAGCUUGGUUUAGCCGUCUGCGGUUCGUUCGAUCAGUGCGUUCGUGUUUUAGUGGUCACUAAAUUGAAUUUACUUUAAAUGAUUGUAGUUGUUAUUUUAAAUACACUUUAUUUUUACUUUCACAAUUAAAA